AUGACGGCUUCUUCCUUGUCCUUGCGGGACGAUAUUCGUCAUGUGUGGUUGGCUGUCAUCCCGCGGAGUGGCUAUCAGGUUGGCUACGUUAGACGAGGAAUACUGUCUCUUGCUGCUAUACACAAGGCCUUUCUCACGCCAAACAGCCGACAAGAAUACCUGACCAUGGCAGCUUUUCUCCAGGCCGAGGCGUUGAGGGAGUUUCGAGCAACUCUUUCAACCCCCACCUCGAGCAAUUGGAGGCCAAUAUAUUGUUUUGCCUCGAUCGUCGUUGUCUUUGUUUACUCUCUACCAACUCGAUCUGAAAAUGAACGUUUAAUAGAGCCAAUUGCUGAUAUUUUGGAACUGUUCAACGUUAUACGCGGGCUGCAAGCACUGCUGGACCCAUUCCUCCCGCGUCUUAUAAACACCGAGUUCGCUCCCAUGGUUCAAGGUAUCUGGGGCGUUGACGUCGACGACAGCAGCCUGCCAUCACUUGCCAGCUCUCUGCUUCCUUUGGAUACAUUCUCGGCUCUUACGCGCUUGCGUGCAGCCUUUUCAGCUCAACUACAUGAAGACAAUUUAAUGCGUUACAAUAAAUGUAUCGACGGUCUUGAAAUGUGCGCUAGGAUCCUGGCUUCUGCUGGGACACACGUUGAGCCUGGCAUGGUCCUCUUGUGGGCUUGCUCACUCGAUGGGCUAAUGUUGACAGACAUACGAAACCGUGAAGAUCAUGCUCUGGUGCUACUGUCUUACUACACCAUCUUCCUAAAGGUACCAGAGAGGAUGCACUGGGCUGCAAAAGGGUGGGCAGUACCUUUGUUCAAAGAUAUCGAAAUGUGCGUAUCACAUCGAGAAGAAACAAUGCUGAUGCUGCAAUGGCCCAGGGCGCACAUCUAA